CUGUGAUGACGGAGUUUAGUUCCAACAGCUGUGUGUGAUUCGAACCGGAUUUGAUUCCCUUCCAGCCUGCCAAGGACCCCGGCCUGAGUAGACGCUUCUCUCUCCUUCUCUUUCUGCCGCCCGGGCCCGCUUUCUCCUACACCCACCCUCACUAUGGCGCUCAGCGAUGCCGACGUCCAGAAACAGAUCAAGCACAUGAUGGCUUUCAUUGAACAGGAAGCCAAUGAAAAGGCAGAAGAAAUAGAUGCUAAGGCUGAAGAAGAAUUCAACAUUGAGAAAGGCCGCCUUGUUCAGACACAGAGACUGAAGAUCAUGGAAUACUAUGAAAAGAAAGAGAAACAAAUUGAACAGCAGAAGAAAAUUCAGAUGUCCAAUCUGAUGAAUCAGGCGAGACUGAAGGUUCUCAAAGCAAGGGAUGAUCUAAUUGCAGAUUUGCUGAACGAAGCCAAGCAGAGACUGGCUAAAGUAGUGAAAGAUACCAGCCGAUACCAAGCACUGUUGGAUGGUUUGGUUCUACAGGGAUUUUAUCAGUUACUUGAGCCUAGAAUGACAGUCCGCUGCCGGAAACAGGAUUUCCCCUUAGUUAAGGCUGCAGUCCAGAAGAGCAUCCCAAGCUACAAAGCUACCACCAAAAAAGAAGUUGAAAUUCAUAUUGACCAGGACACGUUUCUCUCAGAGGACAUAGCUGGAGGAGUCGAAAUCUAUAACAGCGACUAUAAAAUUAAGGUUUCCAAUACUCUGGAAAGCCGUCUGGAGCUGAUCGCCCAGCAGAUGAUGCCGGACAUCCGAACGGCGCUUUUUGGUGCCAACAACAACAGGAAGUUCAUGGACUAAACUCCUUGAAGUAACGGUGGAAUCUCUUCCACUGCUGUAGUCAAGGGAGAUGUCAGAGCAUCUCUUAGACAACAGCACCCUCCCUAUAAAAUGUACUCAGCGCUAUAUUGUGUUGUCCUGUGUAUGUUCCUCAGUUAAGUUAUUUUUUGGCAUACCUGCUGUGCUUAGCCUGACUGGAGGAGAGGCUGGAAGACCUCUCUAUCCAGAGAGCAAGGGUAUGCAAUACCAAAAUAGAGGCAUUCACUUCCCGAGAGAGAGAGAAAGGGAUCAAGGAGAUGGGUUCCUUAAGGAUCAGAGGUCCAUCUCUGCUUUGGCCACUACCCUCAAAGCAUGUCGCCAAUCUGUGCUGCUUAUCUACUGUUUCUUCCCUAUGCAAAAGCUUCCGUACAAAAGUAUACAUUUCUUUUGAGGGUCACUGUAGCUCAUAUUAACCUGAUCAGCCCCAGGUUUUUGUUCUGUAUAUGUGGUUAAAAUUAUAUAUACUUGAGUGUACACACCCUCAUCCUGUACUAGUUUAUUAAAAUAAAAGGCGUGUGAAAUGGUCUUUGCUCCAGUA